AUGGAGAACCUGCGUAAUGCCAACAGCAGAUUUGCACUUGAUCUGCUCAGAAGGUUUAAUGAGACCAACCCAACAGGAAAUGUUUUCUUCUCUCCUGUCAGUGUCUCUGCUGCUAUGGCCAUGGUCCUUUUAGGGGCCAAAGGUAAUACAGAGGCCCAGAUGCUGAAGACGCUUCAUUUUGACAAAGUUGAAGAUACUCAUUCAAGAUUUCAGACUCUGACUAUGGAUAUAAACAGAAGCAAUGCUCCCUAUGUCUUACGGCUUGCCAAUCGGCUUUUUGGAGAGAAGUCUUACAGCUUUUUGCCGGAUUUCCUGAAUAAUACUCAGAAAUUAUAUGGAGCUGAUUUGGCUACAGUUGAUUUUCUUCAGGCUUGUGAUGAAGCCAGGAAAGAAAUUAACCAGUGGGUAAAGGAGAAAACUGAAGGUAAAAUCCCUAAUCUGCUGUCUGAAGGCUCAGUUGAUAACAUGACCAGGCUCGUACUGGUGAACGCUAUUUAUUUCAAAGGGAACUGGGCAGAGAGAUUUAAAGAAGCCGACACCACUGACAUGCCAUUUCGGUUAAAUAAGCAUGAAAGACAGACAGUUAAAAUGAUGUAUCAGAAGAAGAAAUUUCGUUUUGGGUACAUCCCUGAAGUAAAGAUCCGUAUUUUAGAGCUGCCUUACGAUGGAAGAGAACUUAGUAUGAUCAUCCUGUUACCUGAUGACAUUGAAGAUGACUCCACUGGAUUGCAGAAGCUGGAAAAGCAGCUUACCUUAGAGAAGCUCCAGGAAUGGACAUGUCCAGAGCAUCUAUAUUCCACUGAUGUUCAUGUGCGUUUGCCAAAGUUUAAGCUAGAAGAAAGCUAUGACCUGAAAUCAGAUUUAGGCGCUAUGGGCUUGUUGGACGUGUUUGACAGCAGUAAGGCUGACUUGUCAGGAAUGUCAGGGGCACGUGACCUCUUCCUCUCUAAAAUUGUCCACAAGGCUUUUGUAGAAGUGAACGAGGAAGGCACAGAAGCAGCAGCUGCCACUGCUGGCAUUGCUAUGCUCUGCAUGGUUAUGGAAGAGGAUUUCAAUGCUGACCAUCCUUUCCUUUUCUUUAUUCGCCACAACCCAACGCAAAGCAUACUUUUCUUUGGCAGGUACGCUUCUCCAUAAAAGAGAACUUGGCAUUUGCAGACCAGUUCCUGCUGGAGUCAAUGAAAGCUUUGCUCCCAAAUGAGUUGGAUUUUGAUGUAGAAAGUUAAUGCUCCUGACUGGAGUUCCUAGUAACUUUGAGAUUCUGCCUUUCCCAUUAAA